AUGGCAUCAAGCGCCCCCUCGCCACAAAGGGAGGGAACUGCCUCGGCGCAGCUCAACGGAGCUGUCCCUCCCUCCUCCAUCCCGCAGAAGCGUACACUUGAAGACGACCACACGCCGGCUGUUCCCUCACCGCUGAACCCAGAAGCAAAACCCAAAGUUCAAUUUCAAGCGCCAGAGGAGGCGCAACCCAUGGGGCGCGAGAAGAGGGCCAAGAAAGAUUCGCUCAAGAAGCGCGAGUCCAAAGCAACCAGCUCGGACAGUGCCCGGGCAACACCCGACCCCAAGCCGAAGGAGCCGCCAGAACAACUUGGGCCAAUUCGAUACAGGCUGCCGCCGCCGAAGCCGUCUGACUUUGAGCUGCCGCGCGGGCCUGUAUUUUCCAGCCAUCAUGAGGUCCAGGACUCCGAGGGCAGGACGAUCGAGUUCUUUGAGACUUCAGACCAUGUGUAUAACAAGAAAAACUUCCACUACACGCACUGCAUUGCAGACCCCGCCUUCCGAUCUAGCUUUUACUACCGUCAAACCGAGCCUCCGCCCUACGGGCCCCACAUGAGUUUCGAGGAUGCCGCUUCGCACAUGUUCUUCGAUCGCGAGGGCAAGCAUGUCACAACAGAAAAGGGGUACCGUAUGUCACGAGCCAACGUGGCCGUGCGCGAGGGGCGCUGGUUCUGGGAGUGCAAAGUCACACGGGGUAUCCUGAGGAAUCGCCGCGAAGACGAGAUGGAAUCGCACGGUCAUGUCCGUAUCGGAUUUGCCAGACGGGAAGCGUCUUUGGACGCGCCCGUUGGCUUCGACGCCUACAGCUACGGUCUACGAGACAUUUCAGGCCAAAAGGUGCACAUGUCACGGCCCAAACCCUUCUUCCCUCCCGGUGAGGAGAUCCGCGAGGGAGACGUUAUUGGCCUUGAGAUUUACCUUCCAUCCGAGCGCUUGCACCGCAAGAUUGUCCAGGGCACAUACAACCCGGCUGUCGAUCACGACGACGACUCAGACCUGCCGCCUGAGGCACCGAAUAUCGUGCGCGACCGUAUCCCGAUCCGCUUCAAGCAGCACAUCUACUUCGAGAAGAUCGACUACCACACAACCAAGGAGCUCGAAGAGCUUCACAAUCCGUCGCCCAUGUCGACGACGCAUAAUACCGAGCCCCCGCAUCCCAACCAUCCCGUCCCAGCCAUGCGCACGCUUCCAGGGUCGUACAUCAAGGUGUACAAGAACGGUAAGCUGAUGGGAACGCCCUGGACGGACCUCUUUGCUUUCCUGCCUCCGGCGUCCAAGCAGGCGCAACAGUCCGGUGGGCGCGAGGCUCUCGACGACGGGUCGUUAGGAUACUAUCCGGCCGUAAGCGUGUUCCGUGGCGGCGCCGUCGAGGUGAACUUUGGGCCGGACUUCUGGUUCCCUAUCUCGGAGGAGGAUGCCGCGACGGACGGGACGAAGACGAAGCGACUCCGGCCAAUAUGCGAGCGCUACGACGAGCAGAUAGUGGAAGAUAUUGUCUACGAUAUCAUUGACGAAGUCGACUUUUGGAUGCAGGACGGUGGGAAGGAUAUCGAUCGCGGCAGAGAUGAGAAGGCCGAGACUGCAGGAGCGGGUAGGGAAGAGAUUAAGGAGUUGUUUCAGGAUGACUAG